AUGGGAGAUCUUCAUCCAAUUGUGAUCCCUCCUCUGGAGCAUACGUACAAGUCUGUCAAAUUUACCUGUUCAGGCGAAGGUCUUUACAAGGACGGCUAUCUUUACGAUUCUAAUGCAGAGAAGCUGAUUCCACCCAAGAACCCCAAAGCUGGUGCCGCGACAAAGGAACUUGAAAAGAAACCGGUAGCCUACUGGAAAGCACAAUGUGCAUUCCGUGGUUUAAACCAGACAGGAGCGACUGCCGAUCUCCAACUUCGAUUACGAGAAGCCAAGAAGAAAAUCCUACCGGAAAUCAAAAGUAUCGAGACGGAGUUGAACAAGGAGUUCAAGAAGAAGAAUAUUGCUGCCAGGAAAGACUCAUGGUCUGGUCAAUCCGUCGAACAGAAAGCCAAAACGAACCCGAAGAAAUACUUAACUGAGGCAUUUCCCAAAGGUGGUUCUGGUCGUCCUGCAAACCUGGAUAUCGUAGUGCUUAAAAUUGGAGCCGAUGAACGUCUCGCGGUGUCGGAGGCAGCGGAAACCAUGGGUCUUGAAUCCGUAUCGGUAGAUGCCCCUUGGACUGCAAAAAAGAAACCUCAUCCAGAUCGUUGGGUUGUUAUUGGACGCACGAGAGACGCUAAGAAGCCCCUUGCUGGCUCCACUACCAAGAAGGAGGUUAAGUCCAUCCCGAAGCCUCCAGGAGAAUCGUCUUCGUCGAAGUCGAAGAAGCAGGCCAAGCCUACUCCAGCCCCCAAAACUCAGCUAGAAGUCAAUCCUCCAACUCCGAAGAAAGUUAUGGCAAGAAUGAGAUCCCCGUUGCGGAUGGGACUUACACCCAGACCAGAAGGAUUCAUGGAGGGCAUGGAGAAGGCAGCCAGGAAGAGUGCAUUUCGAGAUUACGAUACCCCGAGUCCAACGAAGAACGAAUCGGCUGCCAGAAAAUCCCUCAGCAAAACUUGGGAUGUUCGAGGUUCAUAUCAUAUCAGCUGUCCAGUCAUCGAAGAACAAUGGGGCGGCCAGUCUUUGACAUUAGACAUAUAUCUCGAGACUCACAGCGGUAGACGACAGCUGUGUGGCGCAUUUGAUUUCAGUUUGAUAGAGGGAAUCAUGAGAUUCGAGAGACCAAUGCCAACUCCAAAGUCUGAAAUGAAAUCAGAGUCGUCACAGAAGCGCAAGCGAGAAGAUCUCGACGAGGACAGCGACAGACAAAUGCGCAUGUAUCCUCGAUCUGCCCAAGAUGAUUCAGGAGACUACUCAGAAGAUAUUUUCUAUUUAGGCUCUGAUGAGAAACCAACGGCACGAAAAUCAACAUGGCGGUACCGAUGGCGUGGAAGUGAAACUGGAGAGGGCGAGAUCCAAGUGAACGCAGAUUUGGCAGUACGCUCUAUCACCUUCAUCGAAAACGGCAAUGCCCUAAAUGGAUACUUCAAAUGCGACUACGUCAAUGAAUGCUAUUUCGAAGGAGUCAAGGUUCGCUCCACACCACGCGAUCGGCAUCUUGAUCCUGAAGCACAAUGGGUGAACCACAGCGAGGCAGCACACGAAUAUGCUAGGCGUGCGAGAUGGGGAGGUGGAAGUUUCGGAGGAUGGUAA